CGGCACUGUCGAUUACACCCGCUACGGAUGCAGUCUGGUCAAGCAUUUGGCUGAAACGCGAUUUAGCCACAAAUUGGACUAUCGCCACGACCCGCGGGACCCAUGCAAACUCGACAAAUUCAUCACUACGCUGCACCGGCUGGUCGAGGUGUCGGCGCCAUACCAGCGGUUCCUUGUUUGGCUGUACAGGCUCGCGCGCUGGGACAACCCCCGCCUGUCGUUGUGGUGGUGCAGCGUGUACUUUUUGUUGCUCUACUUGGGCAUGGUAUCUGCGGCGCUGUGGGUGACGCCUGUGUUUGUCACGGCAUACUAUCGCCUGCGACCGAGCCAUGCGUACAGCUGGCUUGGCUUUGAGCGCCCCGAGACCAGUAUUAUCCCGAGCAAAGUUCUUGAGGACGCCUCAACGGCACAAUCGGAAAAGGCCUGAUAGCCAACCACAUGUGGGACAUUUGGCGUGAGACGCUGGGCGCGCCUGUGCACAUGUAUCUGGCCGACUUGGCCGACUCUAUGGAGCGAGCCAAAAACUGCGUAACUUGGAAGCGCCCCUGGGCCUCCCGGGCAGUGAUGCUUGUGCUGACAACCAUGGCCAUAUUUUCGUAUGUCGUGCCUGCAAUUGUAUUUCAGAGACUCUUUGGAAUUUGCAUCGGCGUGCAAUUUUUCUUUCUGGCACCGCUUCAGCUGAGGUACCAGCGGUACCGGCGGAUGGUGUGGGUCGUCGACUGCCUCCUGUGGCACUGCCCAACGGAUGUGGAGCUGGCGGCAGAUACUCUCUACACGAAAAAACUUUGCCGCAAGUCUAGCUAUGCCUCCGAACCAAAGGAUGGUGGCGAUGAAAACACCACUGCAAAAUCAAAGACGGGGCCGACGACGUACCUGCGCACAGUGGUUGCCGACAUGGUCUACGCAUACAACCCGCUAUCCAGAAAGCAGCGUCUGCCGAUCACCAUUCUCCAGACAGCAUCCUCAACAUCGCUGGACCGCCUUGUCGACGAAACUGAAGACGCCGGUGACAUCAGCGCCGUUCAUGAGGCGCUGUUGGCUGGCAAACGACUGGGGAGGAAGUUUUUCCAUGGCUCUGGUGUUGUUGGCACAGAUGACGACCGUUAUACAGGCCUGGGAGGCGAUGCUAUCGGCGGCGGCGACAACGACAACAGCAGCCUAUGCUUGCCUUCGAUGAUGGGCCUGGCAGAGGAGCGGGAGUGGAUGAGAAAGAACAAUCUAUUCAAGCCUGUUAGUCGCACAUACUCCGUAGAGAGCUUACUCAGUAUGUACAAGGGGGACAUUGCCACUAGCCCGAUCGAUCUUCAGCACACCAGGAAGUUGUCAGAUGCGAGUGUCUCUAGCAUACCCGCUGACAACCAGCCCACAGCACAUAUGGCUGCUUUUUCAGAACCCGGCCUGACUGCCACCAACAGCAGCAGUCAUUCGCACGAGGGCGGCAUUCACAGCUCGCUCUAUGCGUUCCGCUGCAUUCACAACGGCAAGUAUGGUACGCUGUUUGUAACAGCUGACCGAUUCGUGUUUCGUAGGUCGCGAAUCAUGGGUGGGCGCCGCUCGAGCGUUUCGAGCUAUCUGCUCAGCAGCGUCGUGGCAAUUCGCAAGUCGACUGGGCACUUUGGCAAGUCCCACGGCAUUCAGAUUCUUCUCAACGACGGCGUGCCGUACUACUUCUACGGUCUGCCAAGCGCGACGAUGCCUUUGGCUUUUUAUUGGUGCGCUGUGGAAACAGCCAUGCAUACUAAAAAUUAAUUGUCAAUAAAAUGCGUGACAUGUUUAGUCCAUUUAUGAGAAGAGCUGUAAUGUGGCGCGGUGCAGUGCAUCGUGUGUUUGGUUUGGUUUGGUUUGUUACAUAUGUGCGUGCCACUUCGGUCUUGUAUGUUCGAAUCGUUGGUAAAAUUGAACAAGGCACAUGUGUUGAUGCUUCCUGGACCGCCACAACUCCCGAUUCAUCCUUAUUGCAAAAAUAUGCAAUGUAAGUUUGGC